AUGAAAGUGCUUAAUGCGGGAUUGAUUACUUCACUGGCUAUUGCCGGUACCAAUGGAUUGUCAAUUAGUGAUAUCCUGGACUUUCAAUUGCCAUUCCUCGGCGGCAAUAAUGAGAUCCAGCAACCCGAGCUGGUUGGACCUAGUGUUUUUGAACAAGCCGCUGAAUAUUUCGGCGAGCCCAUGUCUCUCGAAGGAAUUUCUUCUGAAGAUAUUAAUUUGAUUAGUUCUGCUUGGGAUUCUCUUGAAAAGGAAUACCCAGAUAAGGUCCGCAAGCUGUUGACUCCAUCCAGCCCUAGAGCUAAGAUUAAGCAACGUACUGAUUGGACCUACCAUGUCUCUAAUGAAGAGAAGACACCUGGCCAUUCUUUGCGAAUCCGGUCACCCAAGAAGCUGGGCAUUGAUACUGUCAAGCAAUAUUCUGGAUAUCUCGAUGUUGAGGAAGAAGAUAAGCACUUUUUCUUCUGGUUCUUUGAAUCCCGUAAUGAUCCAGCUAAUGACUCUGUUGUCCUUUGGCUUAAUGGUGGUCCUGGAUGCUCAUCCAUGACCGGUUUAUUAUUUGAAUUGGGUCCCAGUGGUAUCAGCAAGGAAUUGAAGCCCGUCCAUAACCCCUAUGCUUGGAAUAACAAUGCCAGUGUUAUCUUCCUUGACCAGCCUGUUAAUGUUGGAAACUCGUACUCCAGUAAAUCUGUCAAGAGCACAGUUGCUGCUGGUAAAGAUGUUUAUGCAUUGUUGACUUUGUUUUUCCAACAAUUCCCUGAAUACGCUGAUGGACAUGAUUUCCACAUUUCUGGUGAGUCCUAUGCUGGUCAUUAUAUUCCAGCAUUUGCCAAAGAGAUUGCUCUUCAUGAGGAUCGUAACUUCAAUUUGACUUCGGUUCUAAUUGGCAACGGUAUCACCAACUCUCUUAUUCAGGAUGAGUCCUAUGAGUGGAUGGCUUGUGGCAAGGGUGGAUACCCCCCUGUAAUCACUCCAGAACAAUGCACUGACCUUCAUAACAAAUGGCCCCGUUGUGAAGCUCUUCUUAAGAUCUGUUACGCCAACCCCAGUGCUCUUGCUUGUGUUCCUUCUGAGCUUUACUGCAACAGUCUUAUGGGACCCUUCCAAGAGACUGGUCUCAACGUCUAUGAUAUUCGUGAACAGUGUGGAGACAACGCUUUGUGUUAUGAGGAACUUGAUUGGAUUGAUCAAUAUAUGAAUCUCCCUGAAGUAAAGGAGGCAAUUGGUUCUGAGGUUGAACAGUUUGUAAGCUGUGACAAUACUGUGGGAUUCCAGUUCAUGGCCGAUGGUGAUGGAUCUAAGCCAUUCCACCAAGACGUAGCCUUCCUUCUUGAGGCAGGUGUUCCAGUUCUUAUCUAUGCUGGAGAUAAGGAUUACAUUUGUAAUUGGCUUGGCAAUCAAGCUUGGGUCAACGCUCUUGAGUGGACUGGAGCUGAUAAGUUCUCUGUUGCCCCUAUGGAACCUUGGCUUGUCAACGGGGAACCUGCUGGUGAGGGUAAGAAUGCCGACCAUUUUACUUUCCUUCGCGUCUAUGAUGCUGGUCACAUGGUUCCAUAUAACCAGCCAGAAAAUGCCCUUAACAUGCUUAACAGAUGGAUUGGCGGAGAUUUUGGCUACAAAUAA